UGCUUUAGUACUGCCAGCCUCGUCGCUUCGUACGGAACUUGGACGCCCGGAAUAGUUUUGUUACACUGUAAAAGUUUUUCGCCGCGCGCCGAAAUCGGACGGCUGGUGUCCGCGUAGUGGUUAGACCCGCAAAUCGUGGUGUGCGUCGCGCUCUUUCGCAGCCACUUACACAGCGAGACCGAGCGAGAUCCGGCCGCAAGCAACAUUUUCGGAUUCCUUCAUAGAAGUGGACACGGAGAACGUCAGAAUGGACGAGGUGGAUACCCUGGUAAAGAACGAUGACGACGGCGUCGUCAACAACGACGACGAUGAUGCGCCCACCGUCGAGGAGACGUAUGAGAUUACCACCACCAGGCGCAAGACCAUCCGCACCAGCUAUAAAAUUCAAGAAACUUCCUCGUCAACCAAGACAACCACCAUGACGACGGCGGCCAAGCUGUACGGCAAGGAUUUGAGCGAGUACGAUGACAUUGACGUGGAUAAAUUGUUGGCAGAACUCACGCCAGAGGAACUCAAUAUACUGGCCAAAGAAGUGGACCCUGACGAUAGCUUUAUGCCACCCUCGCAACGUUGCAGUUAUGAAUGCAACAAGAGUCCCACAGGGCCGCUGAAUCGCAAGAAACUCAUCGAACACAUCAAUAAGCAAGCUCUGGAGACACCUGAUAUUCCAGAAUUAAAACCAUAUGUACCUGGUGUAAUCAGAGGCAAGAAAUGGGUACCUCCGCCGCAAGAGUCUGUGAAGGAGAAGGAGGCAGAGGAACAGAUCGCGAUAGAUCUUGGAGAAGAAUAUGAACAAGCGCUCUCGGCCGCCACCCAAGAAGAAAUCAUUGAUCUUGCUGCUAUUCUUGGAUUCCAUUCCAUGAUGAAUCAAGAUCAGUAUCACGCGUCUUUAUUGAAUUCUGGACAGCCAGUCGGUCUCGGAUGGGAUGGAGUGACGAAAGCUAGUCAACCGAAAGUUUAUCCGAUGGACCCGCCAAACGAUACAGACGUUGACGCCACCAUCAAGCAAGUGCGAGACGAUGAAUCAUCUCUGACUGACUUGAAUUGGAACAAUAUUAAAAAUAUUUCGGACGAAAAGUUCAUACAACUGUUUGAAGGUUUGGAAGUGAACACACAUCUUGAAUCGCUAAGUCUAACCAACGUUGGACUCAACGACAAGACCGCACAACGGCUGGCCGAUGCUUUAGAGAAGAAUUCGACGCUAAGAGUGCUCAACGUGGAGACGAACUUUAUAAGCCCACCUGUGAUAGUAAGGUUGAUCAGGUCCCUUCUUAAAGCAAAGUCCAUCGAAGAAUUUCGAUGUUCGAACCAGAGGUCACAAGUAUUGGGUAACAAGAUCGAGAUGGAAAUCACGCAGCUGGUAGAACAAAAUCCGACGUUGCUACGACUCGGGCUACACUUGGAAUUCAACGAUGCUAGACAUCGCGUGGCUGCACAUCUGCAACGCAACAUUGACAGGAUACGGCAGUCCCGGCUCGGGGUGGCGACAUCUUAACGCGAAGUGGCGUUCGCCUAGAUCGCCUACGCCGCAUGGGAAGAGCUUCCCGCAACUACACCAUCGGCUGGGCAAUGCACUGAUGAUGAUCGCCACGAUGAUGGCAGCAACGACGAUGACGACGACGAGGAUGAUGACGACGACGACGACGACGACGACGACGACGACGACGACGACGACGACGACAAUAACACGCCGAUGAUCGCGAUUCCCUCGCUGCAUCAAGCGCACCGCGCCGCAAAAAUGGCCCGCACACCUACGCAAAACACAUAUACGGAUACUCACAUAUUACACGCAGUAUCGUAUGCGCAGCGCGAUCGAGCCCUUCGAUCUUUCGAAAGCGUAGGAUCGUCACUUGGAUCGCGAGGCUCUCUCUCGGCUUCUCACAGAUCGCCGCGGACGAUUCGGAUCGUUUGAAACGAUUGCGCGGAGAAAACGCACCGGUCGCGGCGCGGCCAGAUUGGAAGCUUCGCGUAACAAAUUAUUAUGUGGAUGUCUCGUCUUUGUUAUUCUAAAUAAAUAUAUAUAUAUAUACGAACAUUUAUAUAAAUAUAUAUUCCUGUGCACCAGAGUUAUAUCGCGAAGGAUACUCUAAUGACGCGUUCUCGUGGCGCUCAUGAUGUAAUAAAUUUAAGCUACCGUACGAACGUGACAAGUAUCGAUUAUGUUAAUUAAUAUAUAUAUAUGUACGUUGCGAGACGUAUAUCGUCCUAAUUGUGUUAAGUCGUCGGAGAUAAGUGGAGGGAGAACGAUGAGAAGUGUAACGCGAAAGGAGCCGGAAGGAUGUUUUUAACACGAUACAGAGAGAUUCCCGUUUACCGCUUUAACGGCUACUUAACUGGAUUUAUUUAAAUAUUUAUACACGGAGAAGGAGUUCUUUAAUUAAUUCGACCAAACUUUUGCCCGAGUGCACGCUGAGCGAUCGGGUGUAAAUUCUAUUCUGCGUGUUUUAUUUCUCUCUUUUUAUCUCACGAAACUGUCUUGCCGUUUCACACACUCUCUCUCUCUCUCUCUCUUUUCUCGCUACUGCCCGGUCGUUGCAGGAUGACGCUUUUACGCUGCAGAACAAAUAGAAUCGAUUGAUUCGAAUGCGUCGCUCUGCCGCGAAAACAAGUAUUAGAGGACUUAGAAACACAAGGAUUUUUUAGAAAUUGAAAUUUUCUCAUUUUUUAUCGAAAAGGUGCGUUCAAUGCGCACUGGUUAUUCCUCUAACGACACUGACAUUGCUGUUUUUUUAAUAUUAUUCAUAUCAUUUUAGCGGUAUUUACGUCCCAGCACAAUGCAGACAGGUCAUGGCGACGCAUUGAAAUCAAUGAAUGAAUUAGCUGUCUCGUCACACAAAGGUUUUAUUUAUUUUAAAAAAAAAGGUAAAUAAACAAGCGAUUUGCACCACCGACCCGAUCGUUCCGCUCGGCGUAUAACGUUACUGUAAUAUUUGCUAAGGUACUAACUCGUUUAAAUUAAUAAUUAUUUUAGCAUAUAAAUAUAUAUGUAUACAAAUCAGUCUGUACAUAUUGUCUUCGAUGUCGUUUCUAAUCGAUCGAUGUGACCUACGUGUUGUAACGAGAGAGAAUAGAUUAUUAACGCGCGAGAGAGGGUGGCAUAAUUGUCGUGUGCAUGCGCGCGCGGAUGAGAGGGAGAGAAAGGGACGGGAGUGUGCGUGGGUGAAGAUAAUUACGCGGAAGAAAAAGAGUCUUACUAAAAUAUAUCACGCCGAUUGUCACCGUCGUAUUCGAGAUGUUGAAUUUCACGAAAAUGCGCGGAUCAAAAGUACUUUUGCGCUAUUGAAUAGAAUUGUUAAAAGUAUCGUGAAGACUAUAAAAGAAUCAUUAAUUAUAAAUAUUAGAAUUUAUCAAAUUCGCAAUCUUCGGAUUCGUUACAUUUGCGAGCAUUUUUGAAUACGUGCCGAUUUUUAGACCCUCUGUCUUCUUAAAUUCUUCGAUGAAUUUUCGAGUCCUUUUGUAAAUAAUUUACAAACUUCUUUUUUAGUAAGUGACGUGCAAAAUUUUUUUUGGUAAGCGUAGUUGUGUAUCGUAGAGGUGACGAAAGAAAGAAAAAAAAAAGAGCUAAUAACAAAAAGAGUAUUGUAACCAUUUGUUUCGCUCGCGGUCUUCUGGGCGCAUUCUUUAUUGCAAACGUAUUCGCAUAAUGCACUCUGUCACACGGAACACGCAUCACAUUAUGUACACAUACAACACAUGAAACUGAAAUGCACGCGCCUUGCUGCUAGCCUUAUCUUGUAACACGAGGUUUAAAUAAAUUGCUGAAAAAACGUA